AUGUCCCUUCGGACUGCCUCCAUCGCAAGACUACCAGCAAGGAGUUCUCUACUCCUCCUGCAAAAUCACACGCGCCUCCCUUGCCGUUCAUUCUUCAGCUUCCCGAGCGGCAGUGGCAUCGGCAUCAGUGACACACAAACCCUCGUCGCCACCCGCACCCUCCCAUUCGCUCACGAACCCCUCUUCGACCUCAUCGCCGAUGUCGACUCCUACCAUCGCUUCGUGCCCUACUGCUCCCGCUCUCGCGUCACCCAGUGGUCUCCUCCAGAUGACCGCCAUCGGCGUUGGCCCACCCUCGCUGACCUCCAUGUCGGUUGGGGCGGCUUCAAUGAAGUCUUCACAAGUCGCCUCUCCUGCGUCCCGGGCCAGUCUGUCGAGGCUGUGAGCGGCGAUCCUGCAGAUCCCUCUGCUGUCGCUGCCUCUGCCGUCUUCAGAAGCCUUGUCACCCGCUGGUCUGUGAAUCCAAUCUCUGGGCAACCGUCGCCGUUGACAGAGGUCCACCUGUCCAUCAUGUAUCAAUUUGUCAAUCCGUUAUACGCAGCCGUCAGCGCCGCUGUCUCCGACAAAGUCGCCGGCUUAAUGAUUGAGGCCUUUGAGAAGCGUGCACGCGAGAAGCUUGCGCCGCGAUAG